UUAUCCACUAUGAAGUUGGUAACUAACGCGAACGUCAAUUUCUCUUUCAUUUCUGUCGCGUCCACGUUGGAAAUCGUCCGCGAAAAUGUCGUCGAAAGUAUCGCGUGAUACUUUGUAUGAAUGCGUCAAUGGUGUUCUGCAAUAUUCCAAUGAAACGAAAAAGAGGAAGUUUUUGGAAACCGUCGAGAUCCAAAUUGGAUUGAAAAAUUACGAUCCGCAGAAGGAUAAGCGUUUCAGCGGUACCAUCAAAUUGAAACAUAUUCCUCGUCCAAAAAUGCAAGUUUGUGUGUUGGGUGAUCAACAGCAUUGUGAUGAAGCAAAAGCUAACAAUGUUCCAUACAUGGAUGUUGAAGCUUUAAAAAAAUUGAAUAAGAACAAGAAGUUGGUGAAGAAACUAGCAAAAAAAUAUGAUGCAUUUUUAGCAUCAGAAGCUUUGAUUAAGCAAAUUCCUCGUUUAUUGGGACCUGGUUUGAAUAAAGCUGGCAAGUUCCCUGGGUUGUUGUCCCACCAAGAAUCGAUGACUCAAAAAAUUGAUGAAGUCAAAGCAACAAUUAAGUUUCAAAUGAAAAAAGUACUUUGUUUGUCUGUUGCUGUUGGUCAUGUUGGAAUGGCCCCAGAUGAAUUGGUGCAAAACGUCCAUUUAGCCAUUAACUUUUUGGUGUCCCUUUUAAAGAAACAUUGGCAAAAUGUUAGAUCUUUACAUGUAAAGUCAUCUAUGGGACCACCACAGAGGUUAUAUUAAGAUGAUAAUUUCGUGUAUUUGCGUUUUUAUUAAUAUAUGACCUUGAAAUAAGUUUAAA